AUGAAUGGUUUAAAAUCUUAUAUUAAUGAUAAAAUUAAUAAUAUUCCUAAAGGAAUAACAGAAAAUAUUAAAGUUAUUAAUGGUAUUAUUGUAAAACAAUUAAUUAAAUAUGGAAAUGAAGAAGUAAAAUUUGAAUCUGUUGUUCCUUUCACAAAUUUUAAUCAUCAUUUUUAUUAUGAUGAUAAAACUUAUAAUCUCAAACAAAAUAAUUUAUUUAUUUCAUUUGGAAGAAAAUCAAUUGAUUGUUCAGCAAUAAUGAAAUAUUGUUGUAACUCAAAUUCAAGUGAUGAAUAUGUUUAUACAUAUAGUAAUAAAAAUUAUUAUGUAGCAGAAAUAUAUUAUGUAUUUAAUCAAACAAAAUCAAAUGAAUAUGAAAUAAGUUUAUGUCAUAUUAAUUUAGAUGGAAGUUAUAAUAAAAUUAAAACAUUUGAUAAAAUUAAAGUUUCAGAUUUAGUACAAGAAAGAGAAGAAACAAUUGAUGAAACAGAAUAUAUAUUACCAUCAUUACCAAAACUUACAGUAUAA